AUGUCUGAAACUGAUGAUCUGGAAGGGGGUCGGCAGGUACCUGUGCCAUGCGAGAAGAUCCUUCAGAGGAUCAACUCCAAGAAGGAUAUGAAAUCAUACCAUCUAGGUAAGCAACUGUCUUCAAGUGGACAAUCGGGCAGGCUUGAUGUUGGGGAAGGCAAAGAGAUCAUUCUUGAAUCCAAGUGCUCACGGUCAAAGCUUCAGAGCAAGUGCAUCAAGUACCUCGGUCUGUUAAUUUAUCUGAUAUGCAUUUGUCUUCAUUGUGAACAGAAUUCCGUUGAUUACGCGGCACUUGGGGCUGGUUCAAAAUUAUCUGCUAUUCUGCUUACUUAUCCUUACCAGGUUAUCCGAGCCCGCUUGCAGCAACGACCUGGUAGUGAUGGUACCCCGAAGUACUCAGACAGUUGGCAUGUAGUAAAGGAAACUGCAAGGUACGAAGGUGUCCGUGGAUUUUACAGGGGCAUCACAUCCAACUUACUGAAGAAGCUUCCAGCAGCUUCCCUCACGUUUGUGGUGUAUGAAAAUGUUAUCAAACUACUCAGAGCAUCCAAGGAGAAGACAUAGUUCCAACUUAACUCGGCCAAGGGGAAACAUAGGAGGAAAAUAGGAAAAGAGAGAAUUGUUCCA